UAUAAUUUUUUUUUUUUUGAACACCGGUAUUUUAACUGUAAUUUUGUGAAGAAUUUUAUUGUUGUGUCAUUUUAAGUUUACAGUUUACCUUUUUAGAAAUUAAAUAUUUCAUAUUUAUAGUCCCGUUCUAUUAAUAUUUGUAAAAAAUGUUUAUGACACGCUCUGAAUACGAUAGAGGUGUAAAUACUUUUUCACCUGAAGGACGUUUAUUUCAAGUAGAAUAUGCUAUAGAAGCUAUUAAGCUGGGAUCAACUGCUAUUGGAAUUCAAACAAGUGAAGGUAUUGUUUUAGCUGUAGAAAAGCGAGUGACAUCUCCUUUGAUGAAACCAGUUACUAUUGAAAAAAUUGUUGAAAUAGAUAAACACAUUGGUUGUGCUGUAAGUGGGUUGAUGGCUGAUUCAAGAACUUUGAUUGACAGAGCCAGAGUUGAAGCUCAAAACCAUGUGUUUGUUUAUGAGGAACCAAUGGAGGUGGAAAGUAUUGCACAAUCUGUAUCUAAUGUAGCUAUUCAAUUUGGUGACAGUGAUGAUGAUGGUAAUGCUAUGAGCCGUCCUUUUGGUGUAGCUAUAUUGCUUGGAGGAGCAGAUGCUAAGUCAGAUCCACAGCUAUUUCAUAUGGAUCCUUCUGGUACUUAUGUUCAAUACGAUGCUAAAGCAAUUGGUUCCGGCUCUGAAGGAGCACAGCAAGCUUUGCAAGAACGCUAUGAUAAGCGCAUGACAUUAAAUGAGGCCUUAAAAGCAGCUCUUACUAUACUGAAGCAAGUAAUGGAAGAAAAAUUGAAUUCUUCUAAUGUUGAAGUUGCUACAGUAACCAAAACAGUAGGUUAUCAUAUGUUCACAAAAGAAGAAGUUGAAGAAGUUAUUAAAGGAAUUUAAUUUUUUUGUGUUUGUUUUAUUUUUUUAGUAAUAUGUCUGUUAAGAAAGUGAUCAACUAAUAAAUAGCUCUGCUUUUUCUA